AUGGCACAGGUACCUCUCAAGAAAGACUCAAAAAUCGUGAUAAUCGGCGCUGGCGUAUUUGGUCUCAGCACAACACUGCACCUCCUCAAACGAGGCUAUACCAAUAUCCACAUCUUCGACCGACAACCCUUCGACAUCAACCAAUAUGACGAAACCCAAGGAGCAGAUGGAGCAUCCUGUGAUCUCAAUAAAAUCGUCCGGGCGUCCUACGGCGGCGAACAACUCUAUCAAAACCUAGCAUUCAAAGCAAUGCCCGAAUGGGAACGGUGGAAUAAAGACCUAGCAGCGACACCAAAAUCGCAACUGCCAAAAUCCCUCAAUCCAAAUAUCCCACUCUGGCAUAACUCGGGCUUCCUCCGUCUUAGCAAAAAUGGUCUGGAAGCGAAAGAAAUCGAAACACAAUCCAACUUCCCAUCUUCGAUAAACCACACGCAAUACCGCAUCUCAGACCCCAAACGCAGAGCCGAAGCCAUAGAUCUCGGAAUCCCAUCAACAAAACUCGACCCUUUUAGCCGUCUCCCACGCAAUCUCCCCGUAGACGGAAUUCUAGACACAACAGCCGGUUACGUCCUCGCCUCACGAGCUUGCGCAUGGGCACUCCAUCUAAUCCGAAAGUCUGGCUACGUAACAACACAUUUCGGUCCCAAUAACGCUCUUCAAUCCCUCAUGAAAACCAAGAACAAAAUCACAGGAAUCGUAACGACUGGGAUAGAACGACAUACCGCGGAUUUCGUCCUCGUGGCUUGUGGCGGUUGGACACCGAGUUUAAUUCCCGAAACAGAAGAGAUUUUAGAAACGACCGCAGGAUCAGUCUUGUCGAUUCAAAUUCCGAAGGAGAGGAAGGAUUUGUGGGACAAAUUCGACGAAAAGGUUUUCCCGGUGUGGAGUUGGGGCAUGGGGUCUUAUUCCGCUCACCCAAAUGCCUCUGCUUCUGAGAAUGAAAAUAUAGGAGGCCUCUACGGCCUUCCCCUCACACCCGAAGGAAUUCUAAAAAUCGCGUUCAGAGGUGCGAAAUGGACAUCUUAUACCCGUCGUUCAUCAGUCGGGAAACAACUCUCAUACCCGCAGACACAAACCGACAAGAUUCCUCUCGAAGCAAUGCGCGUCAUUCGCUCCUUCGUUUCGGAAAACCUCCCGGAACUUUUAGACCUCGAUCUCACAAAUCUUCGGUUGUGUUGGUAUACUGACAGCGUGGACAACUCCUUUCUGAUAGAUUACGUGCCCGGCGUGGAAGGUCUUGUUGUCGCGAGUGGGGGAAGUGGACACGGAUUCAAAUUUUUGCCGGUUUUGGGGGAGCAUGUUGUGGAUGUCAUCGAAGGGAAGGACACCGAAUAUACGAGGUUGUUUAAGUGGAAAGGUGUACCGCAAGGAAGAAAGAAUGGAUUGGAGGAAGGACCUAGUGGUUGGAGAACGUUGGACAAGCAGAGGAUGGUUGGAAAUAAGGAAUGGAGGGAAGGAUUCUCAGAUGGUACUGCUGUCACAAGUAAGCUGUGA